AUGUCUGACAAGCUCACCCGUAUUGCCAUUAUCAACUCGGACAAGAAAUGUCGUCAAGAGUGCAAGAAGGCGUGCCCCGUCGUCCGGUCCGGUAAACUCUGCAUUGAGGUCACCAACGAGUCGAAAAUCGCAUUCAUCUCCGAGCGCCUGUGUAUCGGUUGCGGUAUCUGUCCUAAGAAAUGUCCUUUCGGCGCCAUUCACAUUAUCAACUUGCCCACCAACCUGGAAAGCCAGGUCACCCACCGUUAUUCCGCCAACAGCUUCAAGCUCCACCGUCUUCCUACCCCCCGCCCUGGACAGGUUCUCGGUCUUGUUGGAACAAACGGUAUCGGCAAGAGUACUGCGCUGAAGAUCCUUAGUGGAAAGCUCAAGCCCAACCUCGGCCGCUACGAUAACCCACCCGAUUGGGAGGAGAUUCUGAAGUACUUCCGCGGUUCCGAGCUGCAGAACUACUUCACCAAAAUCUUGGAGGAUAACCUGAAGGCUGUUGUCAAGCCCCAGUAUGUCGAUCAGAUUCCUCGUGCCGUCAAGGGUCCUGUUAAGCAGGUCGCGGGUCUUAUCAAGAGCCGUGCCCAACUCGAAAACAUGGAUGAGAUCAUGGAUGUGCUCGAACUGAGACAGGUUGCGGACCGUGAUAUUGACCACCUUUCUGGUGGUGAGCUGCAACGUUUUGCUAUUGGUCUGGUUUGCGUGCAACAGGCUGAUGUGUACAUGUUCGAUGAGCCUUCGUCCUACCUUGAUGUCAAGCAGCGUCUUGCUGCUGCUCGUACUAUCCGAAGCCUCUUGCGCCCCAACGACUACGUCAUUGUUGUCGAGCACGAUUUGUCAGUUCUGGACUACCUUUCCGACUUCAUUUGUGUGCUUUACGGCCGUCCCGCCGUUUACGGUGUCGUGACUUUGCCCUCUUCGGUUCGUGAAGGUAUCAACAUCUUCUUGGAUGGUCACAUCCCCACUGAGAACUUGCGUUUCCGUGAGGAGUCCCUGAGCUUCCGUCUGACUGAGGCCGGUGAUGAUAUGAUCAUCGACAAGAACCGUGCUUUCAGCUACCCCAACAUGGAGAUCACAAUGGGAGACUUCCACCUCAAGGUUGACUCUGGUCGUUUCACCGACUCCGAGAUUCUCGUCAUGAUGGGUGAGAACGGAACCGGAAAGACUACCUUCUGUAAGAUGCUGGCUGGUGCGCUGAAGCCCGACGGUACCAUCUCCGUCCCCAAGAUGAACAUUUCCAUGAAGCCUCAGAAGAUCACUCCCAAAUUCCAGGGUACCGUGCGCCAGCUGUUCUUCAAGCGUAUCAAGACUGCCUUCUUGUCGCCCCAGUUCCAGACUGAUGUUUACAAGCCCCUGAAGCUUGAUGAUUUCAUUGACCAGGAGGUUCAGAACCUGUCUGGUGGUGAGUUGCAGCGUGUUGCCAUCGUCCUUGCUCUGGGUAUGCCCGCCGAUCUCUACCUGAUUGAUGAGCCUUCUGCCUACCUGGACUCUGAACAGCGUAUUAUCGCUGCCCGUGUGAUCAAGCGCUUCAUCAUGCACAGCAAGAAGACCGCUUUCAUCGUCGAGCACGAUUUCAUCAUGGCCACUUACCUGGCUGACCGUGUCAUCGUCUUCGACGGUCAGCCGUCCGUUGAUGCUCACGCCAACACCCCCGAAUCUCUGGUCACCGGUUGCAACAAGUUCUUGAAGAGCCUUGAUGUCACUUUCCGUCGUGACCCCAACAGCUACCGUCCUCGUAUCAACAAGUACCAGAGUCAAAUGGACCAGGAGCAGAAGUUGGCUGGCAACUACUACUUCCUGGAGGAAGAGAACUGA